AUGACUGGCUGGGACGCGUACAUCUCCAACUUAACCGCCUCUUCACCACACAUUCAACGUGCAGCGAUUGUCGGAUUUCCAGAUGGAGCCGUGUGGGCGCGCACCGAAGGAGAACACAAGUUUGAGGCUACGGAAGGAGAGUUGAAGAAGUUGGUCGCCGGUUUCAACAAUCCAAAUGAUGUGCCUGCCCAUGGAGCCGAUUUGGAAAAUGUCCAUUACAUUGUGCCCCAGGCCGAUGAUAGUGUGAUCUUCGGCAAGAAAGACAAAUGCGGUUUCUUUGCAGCAAAGACACAGUCGGCAGUCCUCAUCGCUGUCUACAAAGGAGAAUCAGUCGCAGCGCUUGAAGUCCGAAGCGCCGUUGAGAAGCUCGCACAAUACUUGACCUCCACCGGAUAC